UUGUUGUCAUCAGCAGCCACAUUUACAAAUAUUGUGUCUCUCUCUCAACAUAUUUAUUUGUCAAUAAAGUAAACAAAUAAAUUAAUUAAUGAAUAAUUAAAAAAUCACAAAUACGACAAUGUUGUGCUUGAAAAGAAAAUUGUUUAUAUUACAUCAAAAAUAUUUGAUCCAGUGAAAAUAAAUAUCUGGCAUUGCAACAAUAAUUUAGAUUAAUUGAUUAAGUUUAAAUGGUGCUCGCAGGAGCCAUGGAAAGAAAAAUAAAGUUAAAAACUUUAAAUCCAAACAUAACCUGUAAAAUAUGCAGGGGAUAUUUGAUUGAUGCAACAACAGUUACUGAAUGUUUACAUACAUUUUGUAAAAGUUGUCUUGUUAAACAUCUUGAAGAACAACAUACUUGUCCAACAUGUCAAAUUGUCAUUCAUCAAUCUCAUCCAUUACAGUAUAUUAGCUUUGACAGAACAAUGCAGGAUAUUGUUUAUAAAUUAGUACCAGAAUUACAAGAAAAUGAGAUUAAAAGAGAACGUGAAUUUUAUCGUGCGCGAGGACUUCCUUGUCCCAAAGAUGUACUACCAAAUGCUGGUGAAGCUGAAGAAGAAAAAGCAGUUGCUGAUCCUCAUGCUGCAUCAGAUAAUCAUCGAACAGAUGAACAAGUCAAUGUUUGUUUGGAAUGUAUCAAUGAAAGUUUAAAAACUUUGAGACGUAGAUUUAUCAGAUGUUCAGCACAAGCAACAAUAACACAUCUUAAAAAAUUUAUUGCUCAAAAAGUUCUUAGUGGAGUUGAAAAAUAUCCAAACAUUGAUAUAUUGUGCAAUGAUGAAUUACUUGGUAAAGAUCAUACGUUAAAAUUUGUUUAUGUUACACGAUGGAGGUUUCGAGAUCCUCCAUUAAAAUUACAGUAUCGACAAAGAAUAGAUAUUUAAUUUAAAAAAUAAUAAUAUUAAAUUGUUAUAAUUUAAUUUUAUUAUAAUAUUAAUUAAGUAUAAACAUAAAAAAAAAAACAAAAAAAGAUUAUAUUAUUUGUAAAAUGAGUGCAGUAAUUUUUUUUAGAAUUAUCAUAAAUGUCGUGUUUUCAAGUACUUAGAUUAUAUCGUCCAAAAAAAUUAUAAAUAAAUAAAUCCGGUGAGCAAAUAAUAAUUAUAAAACUACCAAACAAUAUUGUCCAAGUGACAAAAAAAAAUAAAUAAUAAUUACAAACAAAAAAACUAAUAUCAAGCUCAAAUUGAAAAAGAAAAAAAAAAAAAAAAAAAUUUAUUAUUUUUAUUUUGAGUUGUUUAUGUUUAAUUCUUUAUCGUUCAAACGAUUUAUUAUUAUAUUAAUUUAAUUAAAUAACAGCAAUAAUAGGAGAAAAAAAAUUGCCAGUAUAUAUAUAUUAUAAAAGUUUUUUUAUUUUGCUGUAAAUAUAUAAUUUAAAAAUUCUUCCGAUGAAAUAGGUUUACGUUUUGUUUGAUUUUGCAUUCGUUAUACUUGGCGAUAAAUAAAAAAGUCAUAAAAAUAAUAACGCAUAACAUAAAAUUAUUUUCAAUUACGAUAACAAUUUUAAUUUAAAUUUUUGCCUGCUUUUGCCGAGUUCAAUGAACACUGUUUCUAAUAGUUAAUUGUAUUUUUGGUCUGUUUCGAAAAAGUCAGGAGUAUGAUUGUACACAAGUGCCAGGUCAAAAAAAAAUAAAUAAUUAAUAGUAAUAAGAGAGAGAAAGAGAUACAAAUAUAAUAAAAAAAAAAUGCAUAACCAUCGAAAUGAGAUUAUUGAAGGAUCAAUGUCAGUAAAUUAUUAAAUAAAUAUGUUUUGUACAGUACAACUUAAAAA